AUGAGGAUCGACAUCCUCAACACCGUGCGGGAGGAGAUGCGAGAUCAGGUGACGGUCAUCAUCUCCAGCCUUGAUAACCUCAUGGUGGUGGCGACGCUGAUGCUCUCAAUCGGCUUUGGUUUCGUGGUGGAGGGAACUUUCCCACCAGCAGAGAGUGAUUACGACUAUGACGAGACCCAGAAGGUGUUCCUUGUUGCGUAUGCGAUACUGGCGGCCUUAGCUCUGGUCUUUCCACUUUUCUGCCUGAUGCUGACCAUCGCGGCCCGCUUCGAAGUGGAGCUCUGCCAGCAGGACGUCAUGGGCGACUUGCAGAAGCAGCUCGGCCCCCUUUCUUGCUCACAGGGCUUUCGAGCUGAACGAGUUUGA